UCAAACUUAAAGAGAUCAGUGCUUACUUCUCGUCUGAGGAGCGCAGUGAGUAUAGGCAAAAUGAGUGUGGAUUAUGUUGAAUAUGGAGAUUACACUCCAGACAAUGAAACAGAUAAUAUCUGGACUGUGACCGAACAUCUGAACGUCACCGAUCCUCACUCAAAUCGGUCCCACGUCCUGCUGGUCCUAAACAUCGCCAUUUGUCUUCUGGGUCUUUUCGGAAACUCACUGGUGAUCUAUAUCUGCGGAUGCAAAAUGAAAAGAACAGUUAUCACCACCUGGUACACCAGUCUGGCUGUUUCGGACUUCUUGUUCUGCGUUUUUCUCCCGCUGGAUGUUUUCUACAUGAUCACAUCUCACUGGCCGUUCGGUCAACUCUUCUGCAAGCUGAGCUCCUCUAUCCUCUUUCUGAACAUGUACAGCAGUGUGUUUCUGUUGGUUCUGAUCAGCGCUGAUCGCUGCCUGAUGGUUUCAUUCCCCGUGUGGUCACACAACAACCGCACGGUAGGAAAAGCGCUCGGAGCCGUCGUCCUCAUGUGGCUGCUGUCGGCGCUCCUCACAGUACCUUCACUGGUCUUCAGGCAGACCACAGUUCAAGGCUCCGUCACCCAGUGCCACACUUAUUACAUGGACCACUCCAGGCACAAAGCAGUAGCGCUGGCCCGAUUCGUCUUUGGCUUUCUCAUACCUUUCCUCAUCAUCGUGUUCUGCUGCUCAGUGCUCGCAGUAAAAGUGCGAGGGAUGACCAUCAAGUCAACAAAGCCAUACAAAUUGAUGGCUGCUCUGGUGUUGUCGUUCUUCUUGUGCUGGGUUCCCUAUCACACUUUUGUUCUUCUGGAGUUGGACUAUCAGAACCAAAACGUUGAGGUUCUUCAUACUGGAUUGAAGGUGGGAGCCACAUUGGCUUCAGCAAACAGUUUCAUUUCACCAGUUCUCUACGUCUUUAUUGGAAAUGACUUCAAACAGACACUGAGGCGCUCCUUGGCCUCAAGAAUAGAGGAAGCCAUGGCAGAGGACAUCCGCACGGGUGGGAACCUUCACUCACAGGCCAAGCCCAUGGAAAUCAUUCGACAUUAGUUGUUUUGAAAUGGCAAUAAUUCAUCACCAAAUGUGUAAACAUUUUUUUUUUUGAAUGAGUGAUCACAAUGUUACAUGUCAUUGAAUACUUUUAAAAAAUGUAAUGGGUAACAGUA